CAGAUGUCCUGUGCUUGUUGUUGAUCAUUCUUCUUCUUGCUAUAAUAUCAUGCUCAUGCUCAUGGCCGCGUAUUCAAACUAACUUACUCGCUGCCUCUGACUAUCUUUCCACCAAGCUUUCCAAAGCAUCAAGGCCAUCGGGCUUGAGCCACCAACAGUUGUUGUCCCUUGCCUGCUCAGCCAAGAAACUACCCCCUCGACCAUUGCACCAAUCCCCCUCAACCACCAACCAUCCACGCCCAUCCACCUUCCCCGUCUCUGACAAUGGCAUCAUCGAGCCAACCUUCCACUUCCAAGGCUGAGCGACCCAUGCCUGCCAUGGAUCCCAAUCCCGCUCCUGCUUCUCCUCGUCCACUCCCUCAAAAAGGUGUCACCAUUUUCGAUGAGCCCGAACAUAUUGAGCCAGUCAAUCAUAGCGAUGACGACGACCAACAAGUCUCUCCCACCUUGGUCGCUUGCCAUGCUCCCAAACUUCACCGCGCCUCUAUAACGGGGAAGAAGAUGACUGGCCGACCCGCCCUCUCUCAGACCAAUUCCUCCACCGCUCUCGCCAGCCAAAUCUCUGCCUUGAGUCUUGAGAACCCAGAACCAUGCGAGACCCCUGCCGAAAGCAAAGCUCCAGACCUGCGAGCUCUUCUCUCUCAGGUUGUUGACUGGCUCCAGGAAGAGAAAUCCAAACGUCAAUCACUCCAUCAUCACCGUCACAAACAUGUCUACCCUCAUCGUAACAGAGCCCCUAGUAUUACCGACUCAGGCACCGAGAGCACUUCGACUCUUUCAUCCGUGCAUCCUCAACAACGAGCAUCCACCGCUGACAGCGAUGUCGAUCUGUCUCUGGACAAGUUGGACUCGAUUCUCUCCGGAUAUACCGCCCUCACUGGAUCUCUUCCCAAGCUGACUCACAAGUCCUCGUCUUCUUUGUUCAGCAGAAAAGGCAGCAUAGCAAAGGUGUUCAGUAAACGCAAAGGCUCCAUCGCCCCCCAGUCGUCUGACACUGAGUUCUUUGGCGAUGAGGUCAUGGUUCCCAAUGUCGAGGCCACCCUCGACAACACCAAAACUACUGCCUUCUGCGGCGGUUCUCCCGAUGCUGACACCAGCGACCAGGCCAAGCGGAAGGACUACAAACACUGGGUUAAGUUCAAGGAAGAUAUUGUACGUCUGACUCAUACAUUGAGGCUCAAAGGCUGGCGACGCAUUCCCAUCGAUCGCGCCGCCGAUAUCGAUGUUGCAAGACUAAGUGGGGCUUUAACGAACGCCGUCUAUGUUGUACGUCCGCCCAAAAAUAUGGCCGACUAUGCUACAGCACCGGGCACUGGAACCAACACGGGCACACAAACACCUGCCUCGUCUGCCAUCCCCGGUUCAACAUCGAUAGAGGCAUCUUCGCAAUCAACACCCUUCCCCUCCAAACGAAAACCCAUCAUCCUUCUUCUUCGAAUUUAUGGCCCCCAGGUCGAGCAUUUAAUCGAUCGUGACUCUGAACUUGCCAUUCUUCGCCGCUUAUGUCGAAAGAACAUUGGUCCACGCCUUCUCGGAACUUUUGACAAUGGUCGCUUUGAAGAAUUCUUGCAUGCCACCACCCUGACUGCCGAAGAUCUUCGAGUUCCCGAGACUUCCAAACAGAUCGCCAAGCGUAUGAGAGAACUCCAUGAUGGUAUCGAUUUGCUCGAUUCCGAAAUCGACAGCGGCCCGGCCGUCUUUGCCAGCUGGGAUAAAUGGGUCGACCGCGUUGAAAAGAUCAUCACGUUUUUGGAUCAGCAAGUCCUUGCAGCCCAGCAGGAGCAAGCAUCGGAUGAUACUUCGCCCAAACCCAAUCCCCGCUACACCCGAAGAGGUUUCAUCUGCGGUGUCGAAUGGCCUAUCUUCCGCAAAGCCUACGACGAGUAUCGCAGAAGGAUUGUUGGCCAGUACGGCGGCACCAAGAAGCUAAAUUCGAGCUUGAUAUUUGCCCAUAACGACACUCAAUAUGGCAACCUCAUGCGUCUUAACCCUAGCGGGACAUCCCCAUUGCUCCAGCCAUCAAACCACCACAAGCAACUUAUAGUCAUCGAUUUUGAAUAUGCCGGCCAGAACACUCGGGGCCACGAGUUCGCCAACCAUUUCACCGAGUGGUGCUACAACUAUCACCACCCAGAAAAGAGCUGGGUGUGUGACACCCGCGGUUAUCCAGAUGAGAAGGAGCAGUAUCGAUUCCUCCGAAGCUAUGUCAUGCAUCGGCCGCAAUUCGCUGGCAGUGCUAGCGCCACUCCCAAGAUGGAAGCUCGAGAAAAGACAAACAUUACAGAUUUCAUGCUCGAUGCGCGGGCUCCAGGUAGCACUAGUACGGGCAGCAGCGCCAGCACCUUCAAUCUCCCUGCCGCCGCAGUGGAUUACGAGAGGGAUGAGUCCGAGCGCGAGAAGAGGCAGGAAGAGGAGAUCCAGAAAUUACUCGACGAGACGAGACUGUGGCGCUUGUCCAACUCAGCACAUUGGGUGGCGUGGGGAAUUGUCCAGGCCAAAGUGCCUGAGUUGGACGAUAAGGAGGAGGCUAAACCUACCAAGCGUAUCCUCGGUGGUGUGCUAGAAACAGUCAAGGAACUGGGUCAUGCUGGGAGGUCAUCUCUUUCGGCGGAUCGCAAGCAGGCCGAAGACACAGAUAAAGAUGACAAGGAGGAGGCUGACGACACGGCAAAAUCACAGUCAUCCGACGUACCAGCAGAGUCUCACACGAAUGACACUUCGUUAAAUACUCCGCAGAACCAAGACGGGGCCGAGCAUUCACGUCAAGCUUUGGAUGAAGGCGACGACGAAUCUCAAGGACAAAAGUCGCCAGCAGGAGAGGCGGAGGAAGAGGAGGAAGAGGAGGAAGAAGAGUUCGAUUAUCUCGCCUACGCUCAAGAUCGGGCCAUGUUCUUCUGGGGCGACUGUGUCCAGAUGGGCAUUGUAAAAGAAGAAGAACUGCCUGAGGAUCUGAGGCAUCGAAUCAAGAAAGUUUCGUACUGAUUCAGGGACAUCGACAUAAUGUGGGCAGAAGCGGACGAGACUGCAUACCUAAUGCAUCUAUGGAUCUAGAAUUUCUAUGGCCUCAUCGUUUCAUUACCAAUCUGGUUAACAAGCACAUGACGACCGCCCAUCUUGAUUGUUGCAUACCGGAUCUUACUACAUAGCCUUUGUUUUCGCCAUCUUUGUUACCUUACAUACCUGUUGGGAUCAACUUGUUUGUUUAUAACGAGAGAUUAUGAACCGGUAUCAUUGUUGAAGUUUGGGGGCCAAUAUUCUGGAUGAGGAUAUAGGGUAUGCAUAACGAUA